AUGAGCGAAAGAAAGUUUACUCGUGGCUUGGGUAAGCCGGGCAUGGCCGCCCAAUUACGAGAGACUGUCUCUCAGGUAGUACGCGAGAGUACCGUACAGAAUAAACCACAUCUAGUAGAACCUAUAGAUUUUGAAAGUUUUGUAUUAAAAAAUAAAACUUUGUUACAAAAUGACCCUCAAAGAGAGCUUCUAUUAUAUCCUCAGGAUGAUGUUUCACAAGUGGUAUUACCUAGAAGAUAUCGUACACUUGUACCAACAAUACCACAAACUUCAGAUAAUGAGGAAGGAGGAGAAAACCUUCUUACAAAAGAAUGUUUACAUAGUUAUACAUCUAAUUGGAAUCUUAUACAUUACAAAUAUUCUACAUAUAGUGGAACUUAUCUUGAAUUACCUAAAAUAGCAAAAGCAGAUGAUCUAAAAGAUGAAGUAUAUGAAAUUGAUACAGAAGUAGACCAAGUUGAUGAGGAGUCAACAAAAAGUAAUGGAAUAACAAAAGAAGGUUAUUUAAUGAAAGGACCAGAAAUUGGUAGCAGUGAUCGUAUGUUUGCACAUAUUGGUUCAAAAUCAUUUAAGAGAAGGUUUUGUCAUCUUAGACAAGAAGUUGAUGGCACUUAUAUUCUUGAAUUUUUCAAAGAUGAAAAAAAGGGAGAAGCUAAAUUAACAAUAGUGAUGGAUUUUUGCACUGAAGUUGUGAGGAAUCCAAAACGUGGAAGGUAUUGUUUUGAAUUAAGAAUGAGCGGGACUCAUAAAUCAUAUACUUUAGCAGCAGAUAAUGAGACAGAUAUGCAGGAUUGGUUAUUAAAGUUAAGCUCAGUAUUACAGCAUUAUAAACAACAAGAAGAAAAACGUGCUGCUUCAUUAGAAAGAGCAUGUAACACACCUCCUCCUUCUCCUCAACCUAUGCAGGUAUUGAAUAUACAAAUAAAUGUUACUUGAAUGAUAAAUAUAUAUGGUUUGGAACAAAGUAUGAAUCCACAGCUAAUAAAAUAUUCCAGGGAAACUGAUACUAGUAUAGCAUUAGUUAGACGAGAAAAUCGUAAACGACUAUUUAGCAUUUACCCUCAUAUUCCACACAGUAAACAACAGCCAGGAAAUUGUAAUGAACACAAUAUUGACCCAUACAAAGAACAAUUUGGACAAAGAAUUUUUGUAAAAUGUGAAAGCCUUAAAUUUAGAUUACAAGCACCAAUAGAUGAGAAAGAAUCAUUGUGUCAGGUAGAACCAUAUCAGACAACAUUAAGUCUUUAUGAUGCAAGAAAUGGUAGAAAGCUUACUGAGAACUUCCAUUUUGAUAUUAAUCACGAGGUUGUUCAAGAAAUGGUGAAAGAAUUAAGUCCUGUAGGUAUUAUGACAGAAUCUACAGAAAGUAUGAAUUUACCAGAUGACUUGAAAAAUAUACCAUUAGACUGGAUUAAAUAUCCAAAACAGGCCAUAUUUAGUAUUAGUAAUCCUCAUCCUGACAUAUUCUUGGUUGUGAGAAUAGAUAAAAUAUUGCAAGGGAAUAUAUGCCAAACUUCAGAACCAUAUUUAAGGGCUACAAAAGAUCCGCGAUUAGGUUUAAAAGUACAUAAACAAGUUAGAGCAUGCUGCCAAAGAUUGGGGAAUUACAGAAUGCCUUUUGCUUGGGCUGCUAGACCCUUAUUUAGAUUAUAUAGUAAUGAAUUAGAUACUUCAUCAGAUUUCCCAGCAAUAUACAGACAAGAAGGAAAUAAGAUAAAAGAUGAGGAAUUACUCAAACUUCUUUCAGAGUAUAGAAAACCCGAAAAACUUAGUAAAUUGACUGUGAUACCUGGUUGGUUGAAGAUAAAAAUUGAGUCAAUUACAGAUUUACCUGAAAAUACAUUAUCUACAUCUUUAGCAGCUUUAAAGCCAUUUCCGUUACCACCAACGUCAGAACCAACCCUUGAGGUUACUGAGUUUGAAAGCACUUCAGAGAAAGAUGUUCAUCCAUACACAACUUUUAUUAACCAUCUCUACGUGUAUCCACAAACUCUUUGCUUUGAUACACAAAAAAUAUUCACCAGAGCUAGAAACAUUGCAUGUAUUGUUGAAUUACGAGAUGAUGAUAGUGAAAAUACCACACCUUUGAGAUGUAUAUAUGGACGACCUGGCGCUCCACUUUUAUGUUUACGAGCGUCUUGCGCAGUUUUACACCACAAUGCAGUCCCUUCUUGGUAUGAAGAAAUUAAAAUACGAUUACCAACAAAACUUCAUGCUAAGCAUCAUCUGCUGUUUUCUUUCUAUCAUAUAAGUUGUGAUAUGAAUAAGAAAAAAGAAAAUGGAGUUGAGAACUGUGUUGGAUAUGCUUGGUCACCCUUAUUGCAUAAAGGAAGAUUAAAUGUGGAUAUGGAUAUGAACGUACAGACAUUACCGGUAGCAACACACUUACCACCAGGAUAUCUUUCAAUACAACCUCUUGGAUUGGGAAAAGGGAACGCAGGACCGGAAAUUAUAUGGAUCGAUUCUCAACGGCCAGUAUUUACAGUAGCAUUUCAGUUGAUUUCAACUGUAUUUGCACGUGAUAUACAUUUGCAUAAUUUAUUUGCUCAUAUGGAACGCAUUCUGGAUACAAAAUUAGGAGCAGUACCAGCAGAUUCAGAAACGUGCAAAAUAUUAAAAGCUGCUCAUGCCGUUCAACUAGUUACUGUAAUCACAUUUCUUCCUACUAUACUAAAUCAAUUAUUUGCGUUGUUAACUUGUACUACAAAUGAAGAAGUUGGGUUGUAUAUUAUAAGAGUUUUAAUACAUUUUAUAAACAUGGUACAUGAAGCUGGUAGGAAGGAAACACUUCAAGCUUAUAUUAAGUUUGUUUUUGUGCUGCCUUCUCAAGGAAAUGGUAGUAUAACUGUUCAUGAACAAUUAGCAAGACAUCUUCCUACAUUAUUGCAACCAAGUAAUACUGACUUUUUAGUAGUGAAUAAAUUUAUGCAUCAUUCUAGUUUCUUUUUUGAAAUAACGAUCAAAAGUAUGGCACAGCAUUUGCUUUCAACAGGGAGAAUAAAAAUGCAUAGAAAUGAAAGGUUUUCAAAAGACUACCAUGAAAAAAUUCAAAGUUUAGUGGAAGUUAUUAUGCCUUAUCUUAUGAACAAAUAUAAAGAAAUGCCGGUUGAAACUCAUGAAUUAAAUAAAAGCCUUGCACAAUUUUUAAAGCGAUGUCUUACGUUUAUGGAUCGUGGAUUUGUUUUCCGUCUAAUCAACUCGUAUAUGGACAACUUCUCUCCCGGAGAUCAACGCACACUGCAUGACUUCAAAUUUACAUUCUUGCAAAUAAUUUGUUCGCACGAGCAUUAUGUAUCUUUCAACUUGCCAAUGAUGCAAUCACGAGUUACUUCUAGAGAUUUAAUGAAUGAAUAUUGCUUGUCAGAGGACUUUUGCAAACAUCAUUUCUUGGUUGGGCUCCUAAUGCAAGAAGUCAGAACAUCUUUAAAUGAAAUUGUACAAAUUCGGAAAGUAGCAAUAGCUACAUUGAGAGACUUGAUGGCAAAGCAUGAACUUGAUGAUAGAUAUCAGAAUAAAGGUCAAUUAAGUAGAAUAGCAUCUAUUUAUAUACCAUGGCUAGGUAUUGUAUUGGAAAAUUUGCAUCGAUUGCAAUCCAUACACGACAACAGUAAAACAGAAAUGAAACAAAAUGGUACUAAUAGAAUAUCAACAAGUAGUUCAUUUCUAGCAAGUAAAAACAGUGAUUGUAGUACUGUAACAGCUGGAACUCCAAAAUCAAUACACAGGCUUACAUUACAUUUGGAUACUCAGUCUCCAAUAAGAGCAUCUAUGCACCUACGAGAUUCUACAUACUUCGCAGCCAUAGCAGGUCAAGGCUUAGUUAAUGGAUAUUCCUGUGCUAGUAUAGAAUCCGAUACGUCAACAAUAUCUGGCAUUUCUCAGUCAAAUAUAUCUCAAGAAACUACUAUCAUCCGCGAACCUAUCGAAAAUGGUACUGGCGAAAAAAAAAGACAUUCUCGUUCUUUAAGCGUCACACAGUCUUCACCUAGAUGCGAUAAACUGCAAUCAUCAGAAGUUAAAGACAUUUUACUUUGCUUCUUAUUUGUGAUAAAAUAUUUGGGUGAUCAUCAAGUGAUUGCUUGGUGGCAACAGUGUGGUGAUUGUGAUAUUUUAAGUUUCUUUACAGUAAUUGAAAUGAGUCUUCAUCAUUUUAAAUACAUUGGAAAAAGACAAAUAGCUACAAAUGCGGUAAAUAAUUCUGGAAAACCUCGCACAGUAAAAGCAAUGACACUACCAGCGAGGAUGGCACCUCCUGAUUUUACUAAUGAAGGACCUGCUACUAGUACCUUACAACCCCAUAAUACUACAGUCAGAGAAAAUCUUGUUGAAAGUGAUAGUGGAAAAAUGCAGCAAGCUUUAUUAGAAGCGAAUAUGGCAACAGAAGUUGGUCUUAUUGCACUAGAUUGUUUAGGAUUGUUUUGUAUUCAUUUUAAGGAUGUGCUGUUAGCAGCAGAUGGUGAUAAUCCCAUAAUGCAGAAAGUAUUUAGUAUAUAUUUAUCAUUUUUACAAGUUGGUCAAUCUGAAACUUUACUACGUCAUGUUUUUGCCAGUUUUCGAGCUUUUUUAAAUAAUUAUUCUAUAAUUCUUUUUCAAGGAAAUGCAGUUUUAUGCGGACGUUUAUGUUACGAACUAUUACGUUGUUGCAAUAGUAAAUUAAGUUCCAUUAGGCAGGAGUCUUGUGCUUUACUUUAUCUUUUAAUGAGAAGUAAUUUUGAAUUUACUAGUAGAAAAGGAUUAACCAGAGUUCACUUGCAAGUGAUAAUAUCUGUUUCUCAAAUGCUUGGAAACGUUAUUGGUUUGAACAAUUCAAGGUUUCAAGAAUCACUAUCGUUAAUAAACAGUUAUGCUUCAUCUGAUAAAGUGAUGAAGGGUACUGGAUUUCCAGUUGAAGUUAAAGAUCUUAAUAAAAGGAUUAGAACUGUUUUAAUGGCAACAGCCCAAAUGAGAGAACAUAACAACGAUCCUGAAAUGUUGGUAGAUUUGCAACAUAGUUUGGCUAAUUCUUAUGCCAGUACACCAGAAUUAAGACACACAUGGUUAGAAACUAUGGCUAGAAAUCAUGCAAGGGAUGGAAAUUUUUCAGAGGCCGCUUGUUGUCAAUUGCAUAUUGCCGCAUUAAUGGCCGAAUAUUUAAAAUUGAGAAAAGUUCACACAUGGGGAGCAGAAGCCUUUGAUAAAAUUUCUGAAAAUAUUUCUAGGGAUGAAUGUAGUCUCAAACUUGAUGCUGGUGUACAAGAUAUUCAUUACAACGAAUACCUAAUUCUUGAACAAUUAGAAGUUUGUGCCGAAAUGUUAGAAAAAGCAGAACGAUUUGAAGUUCUUGGACAUUUGUACAGAUUAAUAGUUCCUAUGUAUGAAGAAAAACGAAAUUAUAAUGCUUUAGCAAAUUGUUAUUCGCAUUUAGCACAAGCUUGCAAUAAAAUUGUCGAAGUUACGAAAUCUGGGAAGAGACUUCUGGGACGAUUUUAUAGGGUUGCAUUUUUUGGCUCGGCAUAUUUUGAAGAUGAAAAUGGGCAAGAAUAUAUCUACAAAGAGCCAAAAGUGACAUAUUUAUCAGAAAUAUCGGAACGCCUACAGCAUUUAUAUUCUGAAAAAUUUGGUUCAGAAAACGUUAAAAUGAUAAUGGAUUCUGUACCUAUUGAUGUAACCGAAUUAGAUCCAAAAAUAGCAUACAUUCAAGUGACGCAUGUCACACCAUAUUUUGAAAAAUUCGAAUUAGAAACACGGCAAACAGAAUUUGAACAAAAUCACAAUGUUUCGUGUUUUAUGUUUGAAACUCCAUUCACUACAGAGGGAAAAGCAAGAGGAGGUAGCCCAGAAGAACAAUGGAAACGCAGAACAAUUCUUACAAGUAUAAAAAUAGUAUACUAUGCUUCAAUGCCACGUAUUCUAGUAGUUGAAAAACGAAUAAUGGAACUUACUCCAAUUGAAGUUGCUUUAGAUGAAAUGCGACAGCGUGUCCAAGAACUGGAAGAUGUGGCUCUUAUAGGUUCAACAGAUGUGAAAAAAUUGCAAUUAAGACUACAAGGAAGUAUAUGUGUUACAGUAAAUGCUGGACCACUUGCAUAUGCUUCUGCAUUUUUGGAUCCUGCUUUAUCACCACAAUAUCCGGAUGAUAAAGUUGAAGAAUUAAAAGAUGUUUUCAGGGAAUUUGUCAAAAUAUGCUAUACAGCUCUUCAGAUAAAUAGUAAAUUAAUUACAUCUGAUCAGCAUGAAUAUCAGGAAGUGCUACGCGAGAAUUAUCAAAAAAUUUGUCAAAAUUUAUCAUCAUUACUUGGAGAACCUAUUUGGCCUGAUGAACAAGUUGGAAAUUUCAAACGGAAUAGUGCUGCUUUAUUUAGUGCUAUCAGUGGUGCUAGUAAUCACACAAGUACAGCCUAA